AUGGAUUUGUCUCUCACGGAGUUAAUAGUUGUACAAGAUGUGGAAAAGUUGCCUUCAGAAAAGGAAAAUGUCAAGACUGCUGAGCCCAGUACUGAGUGCAGGAUUUUGGAAAAUCUUUUAAAGGAGUCGCUUGACUCCGCCUCACUCCUGGCAUUUAAAGGGAAAAGCCUAGAAGGGGAUAGCGCUCAAAAUUUGCUGGCGGCCGUGAUUGCCAAGAAAAUACUGAAAGAAAAUAACUCAUCAGCCAUCACAGGUGGGAUCUAUUAUAGAUGGGCUCAUAAAAUUAAGGAACUAUUUCCCGGGGAGAGAACAACUUCGUACUACAUCCCUGCUUGCACUACUGCCAAUGGGCAGGUACUCCAAGGCAGGGGUAAGCUAGUGCAUCAAGUACUAAAUCAAAGACGACGCCUUCAAAAUUUAGGUGCUCUACCUAAGGGAAAUGGAAAACGAACCCGAGAAUAUAGUCCAACGUGCUCAUCUGUUCCAUCUCCGAGGCCUUUGCCUGGUAUUUUCUCAUGUGGUGAGGACAAUGAGGAGAAUAUUGACGACGAUUUGCAAUGGCUCGAAAAUUCUUCUGAUCCUUGGUGUUUAGUUGAAGACAAGUGGGAGAGAACUUUAAAAGCAAGAACGCGGACUUUAUACGACGCUGGUAAAGAAAGUAUUGAAGGUUACUUUGAAAAAUAUCCAGCACUAAAAAAGCCACAAGGAUAUUCUUUGAUACACAAAGACUUCAAUGCUGCGCAUGGAAUUUACAAGGACAAUUUAUUCAUUAAUUUUCCAUUAAUGAAAAUAAAGCUUCAAGAACUUCUGAAAAAGAAAAAGUCAACUGAUCCAUUCCUCCACGACCUGGUCGCACUUACCAAUUCGUCCAAUGAGGAAAAUACGAAUAUAGCCGGAUUUCUCACCAUUCCACUGUUGCUGAACACUGCGGCAGUCCGCCAAAAGAAGAAGCGAGGUUCGAGUGCAAGUCAAAGUUGGAAGCCCAGCAAAGUGGAAGUAAGGGAAGGUUUCAUAAAGCAUGUCAAGUCCAGUGCAGAAAUUAGCCAGACAAUCGAACUUCGCAUAACCGCUCUACAAAAAAUAGGAUUGCCAUCUCAGCCAUACGUUAUCGUAGUGGGUGAGUCUUUCGAAAAGAUCGAUACGUUUUUAGUUGUUGCGAACAGAUCGGUAAUGUAUGAAAGACAGUCCAUUAUGCACGCAAUUGAUACAUGCUACAAAGUAACAUGGGCCCUAAAUGCGGAGUACUCGAUUGACACAUACCCUGUAUGGUACUUCAUACAAAAAGGCAUUUAUAAAAUGUCAUCCGAAUAUGACAAAGGGUCGACUGCUGCAGAGUCCCUCCUCACCGAUUGCAAUGUAUGA